AUGGAUACUCCAGUGUUGAAAAAGGAGCGAACAGCAAAACGAGUGCGCUUUGAGGACAAUUCAAAUUGGGAUCAUUUGGUGAGUUUUUUUUGUUUUGAAAAAAAACGUGACUGUUUGCUAGAGGGAAAGAUGAUCAAAAAUCUAGGAUUUUCAAAGUGAUUAUUAUGAUUUUCUGAAAAUCAGAAAAUUGUUUUUUUUCCGAAUGAAUUAAUUUUUGGUCUACUAAAAAAACUUUUUUUUUGUUAAUUUAUACAUAAUGUAUCUUUGAUAAAUCAAAGAAUUUAUUUGUGCCAUUUCAUUUUAUUUUUCAAAUAAUUGUUAGUUUCAUUAAAGUUUGAAAAACGUGACUAACAUUAAGUUUUGUUUUUUUAAAGCUUAAAUUAGUUAUAAAAUUUUCGAAAGAGGAAUUUUUAUUUUUUAUGAAAACUUGAACUCAUAAAAAAUUUUUCUUGACAAAUUGAAUUAUUCACAUUCAGAAAGAGUAUGAAAAUCAACCAAAGCGAAAUCACAAGCGUUACCGGCAAGAAAGCAAACCUGAAAACAUCACUCUCUCCGAGCAACCAGAAAACAACAACACCACAAAGACAACAGUUGAGAAAAACGAAGAACCAAUUAAUGAAAAAUUUAAAGACAUGAAAAUCAAUCAAUAG